AUGUCCUGCGUGAACUUGAUCAGCCAGCUGUUGCGAAUGUGGAUUGAGUCCGCAGUGGUGGAGGAGUCCUUCACUCGCUACACCAUGCUAAGCAUGCUGGGCUGCCCGGGAUGGGUGCCCUUCCUGGAGCAAAUCAAGGGUGCAGCUUUCAAGACGACCACAGUCUCCAAUCGUCGACUGAUUCCCUUUGCCGAGCUCUCGGGUGCUUUGCCAGGGCACAAGUGGACUGGCCUCCGGCUACCUAUCCCUUUUCGCUUCUCCACUCGUUCUGCGCAGCAGAUGAUCCAAGAACUGGGGCUGAUGCCAGAAGGAGACGGUCAUCACAUGAAUUGGGAAAAGCUGACGCAGCGCGGCCAACCUGCUCUCGAGCUGUUCCAGGCAAUUCCAAAAACUGAACAGCGGACCUUAGCUCAGGUUCAGGUAGCUGCAAGAACGUCUGGCUGCAGCAUCAUCGCGUUCAAUGAGGACAAAGCAGAUUGGAGCCUUCACAAAGAUCGAGAGGGGUUUUCCCCAGGCCACAACGGAGUCUUCACCUACUGGGUUGCCAAGGACUGGAGCCAGCUGGGCAUGUUUGGUGAUGGUGGCUCCAAUACCAUGCCCUUCAAAAUACGUCUGGGAAAUUCUUGUGAUCGACUCUGCUUGCAAGAUAUUGUCCAGCUGCUGCUCCUGUCCCGCAGCCGCAUAUCCGUGGAUUUUCAGCACGUGGACUGGCACCGCGCCAUUGUUGCAUCUGAGGAGGCUGGUCGGCUUGAAUGGACAGGGAAGGUUUGGCGUGCUUGCCUGGCCGAUGGCGAGCCAGUGUUGAAGCGCUGCCUGCUGCAAGGCUCUGGAUGCUCACAGGAGAAAAGGUCGCGUUUUGACUUGAUGUACGUUGGAGAGAAGCUCUUGGAGCUUCGGGCUGACCCCAAUGCGAUUGAUGCCGACUACCAGCCGCUCUUGUUGGCGUGCGCCAUGCAAGGCCAGGUCUAUGCUGCGAAAGUGCUGCUGAGCUAUCAUGCAGAUGUAAACUCACCCAUUCCGAAUGGUCGCACUGCUCUUUGCGAUGCUAUUCGCAAGCGACAGUUCGAGCUGGUGAGUGAGCUAAUUCGCCUCAAGGCAGACACAAACCUCAAAGCCCACUCCAAACAUGAUCCUCUGGACGAGAUGUUAUCUCCCCUAGGACAUGCGUGUCGGAGUAUGGCUCAGGCAUGUGCAGACAUGGCCUUGGAACGGCCAGGGUUCUGUUUCGGCAUGGUUUCUGCAGCCUGUGGCAGUCUGAUCGAGGUGAGACAGUCCCACGCGGAGCUGCCAGAGACAGAGACAGCAGAAGCCAUCUCCUGUGUCUCGGCCGCUUUGUCUGCUCACCUCAGCCAGCAUCGCGACGAGCACGAAUAUGCUAACAACUUGAAGGCAGAGCUCCAACAGGCUCUGGAGGCCCUCGUCAAGAUCCGCCCGCUUGAUUUGUUGCAGUGGCAGAGGGAGGAUGGUGAUACAGUGCUGCACUUGGUGUCCAGAGCUGCACCCUGUCAACGACACACUGUGUCAUGGCUGAAGGCAUGGCUGCAACCGUUUCCUGAUGAGCAGCUGAGUGAAUAUACGCAGACCCUAAACAGAGCUGCAAGCACAGCUUUGGAAGAGGCACUCCGAGCUUGCAAUCGAUGCGAUGAUUUCGGAAAUCGAGAUGAGACGCUCUUAGCUUGGCUCCUCGUGCAGUUGGAGCGGAACGAUGCUGGCCGGCUGCAAAAGAUGGAGGAAGCCAUCAAGCAGACCUUGAUCAGCUUAUCUCUCCACCCCCACGGCGGAAAGGCUGCCUCCGACGUCGAGGUUUUCGUCCGCCAGUUCAAGAGCCAACUGGCGAAGAGUAUUUGUGUAGCAUCGCUCAACAAGGCUUUCGCCUCCAUGGCAGCGCAGAAGAAGACGGAAAGCUGCCUGAGCCUUGCGGCCAGAACCAAGGAGCUACUCUCCCCAGAGCACCGCUCCCACGCGAAUCAGCUGGAAGAGGCGAAGAAGCACAAGCACAACCAGACUCCAGCAGCCGCUAAGAAGCUGAAAGGUGGCACCAAAUUGCUGGACUUCCGCGUCAGAGGCAGCAAGCCGGGUAGAGAGUUCUCGGCGGAGAUCGGCGCACUGGGUAACGGUGUAUCCGUCAGAGCACAGGUUGCAAAACGAGAUCAGUUGCCCGUGGAAUGGAGAAAGUAUUGCGUCUACGUCGCGCAGGCUGUUCUCGAAUAUCACAACGACGAGGGUCCCGAGCACAACAUCCACCUCAAUGCGGCAGUUGGAGUCCGCCUCCUUGGUCAGAACGUCUUGCCAAAUGCUGAAAUUCCUGGAGUAGGUUGGGAUCGGAACAACCCAAGAUGGAGGUGGCUCCAAGGGAACGGUAACUUGCAUUGGCGAGCCAAGUAUGUGAUGGCACUGCCCGAUCGACGAGAAGAAGCCACCUCUAAACGGCUCCUGGAAUUCGGCGUCAGGGGUUCAACACCUGGGCGCCGUUUCUCCGCCAGCGUCUUGUUCCAGGACGACAAGGGCAGGGAAGUCUGCAACCUCACACUGUUGGAUGAGAUCAUUUUGCCUACGGAGUGGACUACUUACUGCUUUGACGUGGAGCAAGCUGCCUUGACUUACCACAACGAUGAAGGUUGUGAUUUCGACAUUCACAUCGACACCGCGAUGGGAGUGUGCCUCUUGGGUCAAGAUGUCUUGCCCAGUGCAAUCAGCGUGGACAGUGGUUGGGCUCCCGAUGAUGAUAGGUGGAGGUUGCUCCGAGAGUGCGGGAACUUGCAAUGGCAAGGGAGGUACGAGAUGAAGCCCUCUUCAAACACUUCGUUGCCGACGGUGCAGUCACAAGCUGGGCGUGUCUCGAAAGAAGGGCUUCAACUCGUUUUGUUAAUAACGUGCAGAUCGGUGCACUCAGAGGCGAUAGCGUGA